AUGGAGGCCGACACAAAUGUAGCGGAUCUUGCUGAAAGUAGGCCACCAGAGGCGGUGGAAAAAAGAAAGGGCGCUUCUACCACCGCUGCUGAGGAACCUCAGGCCGUCAACGAGCAGCCACCGAAAUCCAACUAUUCUCGGUGGUUUGCAUAUGGCAACAAUCACAAUACAGGGGACAGUACGAAGCCCACUACGGGACGUACCAUCAUGCAAUCAUUGAAGAAAAACAAAAACACAAAGGCUCCCAAGGGGAAGACAGCGGCACCACUGGACAUUGUAGGAGAACUGCAAGCCGGCCUUCUACCCGUGGCCAUGCUGAAAAUGCAUAUGGAUCAUGACGUGAAGAACCACCGCCGUAUCCCUAUUUUAUUGCAGCAUUUAAAUGUCGCCAUUACGGAAACUAUCCAUGUAUCACAGACUGGGCAUACUCUAUACAGGAUUGAGCUGGACAUUGGAGCCGGACUGGCCAGAUGGGCUGUGUAUCGAGAGAUGCGCGAUUUCUUUUCUCUACAUACCUUUUAUCGGACACAGGAUGUCAAGGAUGCCGUGUCAUUUCACUUUUCGAACGAAAAUGAAGACCGCAAUCUGCCUAGUUUCCCCAAAGGAAACUUUGGCCACUUUUUACAGUGGCAACGCAAGACAGACUCGAAAGAGCAAGAGACAGGAUCGGAGCGGGAAUAUCGUGAGGCACUGACCACCUACCUGUUCAAACUGAUCCGAUUUGUUAUAUUCAAGCCGGAGGCAAACCGUCUUUGCCGAUUUUUUGAGCUAAGUACCCUAGGCCUGCAAAUGGCACCGUUGGCUAGUAUUCUGGGUAAGCAGGGGUACCUCAAGAUUCUUUCCAAGUCAUCAAGGCCUGCAUCACAGGGUCUUUUGCACAUCCGAGAGAACAGUCGCCCUAAAUGGUUCAUUGUUCGUGAAAGUUUUAUCGUGAUUGUGGAAGCGAUGGAGAGCAUGAUUGUCCAUGAUGUAUUCCUAUUUGAUCAGAAUUUGGAGGUCAUUCAGAAGCACAAAUUGAAGGGUCCAGUAGUGGAACACUCGUCCAAAGACCCUGAAUCCCAGACGGGGCAUUUCAAUCAUACGGGCAGCACUGUGCAUCAUUAUGUCAAGAAUCAUAAAUUCAACAUCAUCAAUGCCGAACGGAAACUCAAGCUGUCCGCACCGAGCGAACGCGAAAUGGAGCAGUUCCUUCUCAGCAUUAAAUUUGUCGCACAAAACAACCCAUAUGGAAAACCCAACCGCUUUGACAGUUUUGCCCCUAUUCGACGCCACGUGUCUGCGCAAUGGUUUGUGGAUGGUCGUGACUAUUACUGGAACCUAUCGGAAGCAAUUCUACGCGCUCGUGAGCGUAUCUAUAUCCAUGACUGGUGGCUUUCGCCCGAACUGUACUUGCGCCGACCUGGCACGCCUGAAUGGCGCUUGGACAACCUACUUAAGCGCAAGGCAGAAGAAGGCGUGCAUAUCCACGUCAUUUUGUACAGUGAAGUGUCAAACCAAUUUACCCCCACAGAUUCAAGCUAUGCCAAAACACGAUUGAUGGCACUGCAUCCGAAUAUUUUUGUGCAGCGCUCGCCAAGUCAUUUAAAGACAGGUACAUUCUACUGGGCCCAUCAUGAAAAGCUAUGCGUCAUUGACGAGAUGAUCGCUUUCAUGGGAGGCUUUGACUUGUGCUUUGGACGCUACGAUACCCCAACCCAUGCUUUGAUUGACGAUGCCGACAUGACGGGCUCUCAUACAAUUGAUGCAGAGUUCAUUGGGCCAGUUCGAGACCAUGCUGAAGCGAACAUUUGGCCAGGCCAAGAUUAUGCGAACGAGCGUGUAGCGGAAUGGCAUACGCUGAACAAGCCGGAACAAGACCUCAUCAAUAGGAAGACGACGCCACGUAUGCCUUGGCAUGAUGUGGGUGCCCAGCUUAUUGGCCAGCCUGCGCGUGAUUUGUGCCGUCACUUUUGCCAACGUUGGAACAUGCUACUUCGUAACAAGAAUCAUACGAGGCGCAUGUUCUUCCUCCUCCCUCCACCCGAGCUGAUCGAGACCGACCUGGACAGGUUCGGCAUCCGGGGUACGUGUGAAGUGCAAAUCUGUCGCUCAGCAGGCCCAUGGAGCUUGAACACGCCCAAGACAGUGGAGCAUUCUAUUCAGAAUGCGUACCUGAAAGCAAUUGAGCAGAGUGAGCACUUUGUGUAUGUGGAAAAUCAAUUCUUUGUUACGUCCACAGAGCUAGAUACGACCCAGGCGGAGAACAACAUUGGCCUGGCGCUCGUUGAACGAAUUAUUCGGGCGCACAAAGAAGGCACAAAGUGGCGGGCUAUUAUUGUGAUUCCUCUCACACCAGGCUUCCCUAUGGAUUAUGACCACGCAGAGAGUAGUAGCGUGCGUAUUAUUUCGGCGUUCCAGUACGAGUCUAUUUCGCGUGGGGCAAAUUCGAUUUUCGGACGUCUUCUACGCGCAGGCGUCAACCCUUCAGAUUACAUCGGAUUCUUCAGCUUGCGCUCUUGGGGCCAGCUGCAAAGUGGCGCUCUCGUCACGGAGCAGAUUUAUCCUCAUGACAAGAUCAUGAUUGUCGACGACCGCCUUGCCAUUAUUGGCAGUGCCAACAUCAAUGACCGAAGUCAACGUGGAGAUCGUGAUUCCGAGCUGGCCUGCGUAAUUCGUGACGAAGAUACACUCAUGUCAACGAUGGCUGAAAAGCCCUACCGGGUCGGCAGGUUCCCACACUCACUACGUAUGCGUCUCAUGCGUGAACAUCUUGGCGUGGAUGUCGAUGCGAUUGAGCGUGUCGUGUGUGGCAGCGACGAUCACAUUGGCUCACCAAGGCCCAAGGGAACGCAUAAGAAUCUAUUGAAGCGCCCAGACAUUGAAAUGGAUAGCAUGGUGGAUCCAGUCUCGGAGAAAUUCUACGAAGAAAUUUGGGACGCCUGUGCAGCUUUCAAUACGGAUGUGUACAGACAAGUGUUCCGAUGUGUACCAGACGAUGACAUUACAACAUGGGCUAUUUACAAGAUGGCCAAGCAGCAUGCGGAAAAACUAGCACGCUCUACGAAAGACGCUGCUGCAUCGGGUAUGGAUGUGUUCACAGAGGACCAGAUCAACGAAAUGAUUGACAAGCUCAAAGCAUGCUGUGGUCAUUUGGUUCAGCACCCACUGCACUUUAUGGAGCGCGAUUCGGCGGCAGGCAACUACCUCUUCCCGUUGGAUCAUAUCAAUCCUCUAUUUGUAUUUGACUAA